AUGGCUGUGAUAACUAUCCCAUCAGAUACCGAGAUAGCUGGUAAUACGUAUUAUGAAAUCAAUGUCAAGCUUCCGCUACGAUCAUUUGUGGUUAAGAAGAGAUACCUGGAGUUUGAACUGUUGGUACUGAACCUUUGCCAUCAAUUGGGUAUUAGUAACCGAGAUUUCCCGUACAGUUUACCAGGGAAACGUAUACAUUGGUUAAAUAAAGCACAAGUUGUUGAAGAAAGGAAGGUAUCCUUGGCAGAGUUUUUAAAUAAUAUUAUCCAGGAUACAUCACUUCAGAAUGAGAAAGAAGUGUUAUCCUUCUUACAGUUACCGCUGUCAUUUAAAUUUACCAAAGAAAUGUUGACCAAUAACCGAGCGGAUUUGGAAUCAGUUGAAAAGAACUGGUACGAUGUUUAUCGAAAGCUUAAACUGGAUAUUGUCAAUGAAUCAGCUACUACUAUUAAUGAAAGGAUCCAACUCCACAACAGAAUCAAUAGACUGUACCAACCAAGAAUGAUAGAGUUGUUGCAAACAGUAUCCAAUGUUGAUCAUAAUGAAGCAAUCAAGAGGAAGCAAUUGAUUGGACAACUACAGGAGAAAGUCGAUGAAUUGUUAAAGAACGAUCAACCACGAGAACUAAAAUCUAAACGAGUAUUGGGAAGUGGGUCUACUUCAGUUAAAGAAACAGCCGAAACUUUGCCAUUGGACAACAGGGAACUUCUCCAGCAUCAAAUUCAAAUUCAUAAAGAUCAAGAUAAAGAGUUGGAACAAUUGAGAGUUAUGAUUGCUAGACAACGACAAAUUGGGGAAUUGAUUAAUACCGAAGUCGAAGAACAGAAUGCCAUGUUGGAUAGGUUUAAUGAGGAAGUUGACUACACUGCUGGGAGAAUCAAACAAGCGCGUAGUAGAGCAAGAAAGAUUUUAUAA